AUGUUGGAAUACUUAUCCGAGACUCCUUCUUCUGUGGGUCAGCUGACGAAUUCUGUAUCUUCCGGUAGCUGUGUUUAUCAGGACUAUAAGGAAGGAGAAUGUGUUCCCUAUCCGAAAUGUUUUCCAUUUAUAAAACUUCUGCAGAACUUACGAAAGCCUCUGCCCCCAGAGGUUCCAGUUAUAAUGAGAGAGGUUUAUCUGUGUGGGAAAGAUAGAUCUACCGGAAUACCAAAAAUUUGCUGUCCCUCGGAUGGAAUCAUUGAUAACAAUUUCUUAGGAAGUGUGGAAAGUCCAAAAACAGGAAAUGAAACUACGACUGCAACAACAGCUGCAACUACAACUACAACUACAACUACAACUACGUUAACAAGAACUACAACUACAGCUAAAACAAUUAAACAACAUCUUCAUUCACAAACAACAUCUUCACAAACAACAUCUUCAGAAACAACAUCUUCACAAACAACAUCUUCAGAAACAACAUCUUCACAAACAACAUCUUCACAAACAACAUCUACACAAACAACAUCUUCACAAACGACAUCUUCAGAAACAACAUCUACAACAACAAAAACAACAAAGAAAUCAUCAUCUUUAAAAGAACAUCCAGGACUGAAAUUGCUGAGCAACUUAGAUACGUGUGGACGUUCAUUGGUUCUGCAAAGAAUAGUUGGAGGGAAGAAGGCUAGCCUUGGACAAUAUCCUUGGUUAGCUAACAUUGGAUAUUCAGUUUCUGGGAGCAGCAAAGUAGAAUUCAAAUGCGGUGGAACAUUGAUAGGAAGACGACAUAUUCUUACAGCAGCCCACUGUGUCGCCAGCCUUCCUAAGGACUACCUUUUUACUGCAGUUCGGGUGGGAGAGUAUGAUAUAUCCAACACUAUCCCAGAUUGUGAUAAAUAUGAAAACUUUUGUGCACCCCUUCCUCAGGAUUAUAAACCAGAAUUGGUUUUAAUACAUCCAGAUUACAAUAAACCGUACAGGUUUAAUAAUGAUAUUGCUCUGAUUAAGAUGGAAAAAGAUAUUGUAGAAUCAGAUUUUGUAUCUCCAAUAUGUUUACCUCUACCCUCUGUCUUCAAUGUGGAUUAUGAGGAUAGGACCCCUGAGGUGGCAGGCUGGGGGGCCAUUGAUAUGUAUGCAAGAAAUUUUAGUGAUGUUCUUCAAUACGUUUCUGCUCCAAUCUUUGAGUUUGAAGCCUGCUCAGCACUGUACAGCAAACAAAGGGUGAAGCUUCUCGAGUCACAAAUAUGCGCUGGAGGAAGAAAAGGAGAAGACAGCUGUUCGGGGGAUUCCGGUUCCGGUCUUAUGAUGGACGUUGAGAUCAAUAACAGACCAUAUGAUCCUAGAUGGAUACAGAUUGGUGUUGUUAGUUUUGGACCUCGUCGUUGUGCUACUCUCGGAGUUCCCGCCGUUUAUACAAAUGUUACGUCAUACAUUCCUUGGAUUCUAGAUUCUGCACUUCUUUAAUCUGAAGUUUCAUGUUCUUCACUGAUUCUAGAUUCUGCACUUCUUUAAUCUGAAGUUUCAUGUUCUUCUCUGACUCUAGAUUCUGUACUUCUUUAAUCUGAAGUUUCAUGUACGACUCUGACUCUAGAUUCUGUACUUCUUUAAUGUAAAGUUUCAUGUUCCUUGGACUCUAGAUUCUGUACUUCUUUAAUCUGAAGUUUCAUGUUCUACUCUGACUCUAGAUUCUGUACUUCUUUAAUCUGAAGUUUCAUGUUCUUCUCUGACUCUAGAUUCUGUACUUCUUUAAUCUGAAGUUCCAUGUUCUUCUGUGACUCUAGAUUCUGUACUUCUUUAAUCUGAAGUUUCACGUUCUUCACUGAUUCUAGAUUCUGCACUUCUUUAAUAUGAAG